CCUCCAUUCUCUUUUACAACCAUCGAUCUUUCAUAUUUUUUCUCUCAAUAUUUUUACUCAGUUCGCAAAGAUGCACGGAGUAAGUUUGAUUCGUUUCGUGGUCGGCGUCAUUGGCAACAUAGUAUCUGCCUUCCUAUUUCUCUCUCCAAUGCCGACAUUUUGGAGAAUCUAUAAAAACAAAAACACCGAAGACUUCGAUUCAUUUCCAUAUCUUUCCGCCUUCAUGAACUGCAUUAUGUGGAUAUUCUACGGCAUGCCCUUUGUUCAUCCAGACAGCGUGCUCAUCAUCACUAUAAAUAGCUUUGGCCUUCUGUUGGAGAUUAUAUAUUUGAUUACUUUCUUCAUCUACACCUCCUCCAAGCAAAGGAAACGUAUAAUUCUAGGCAUACUUCUUGAGCUAGUUCUUUUUGCUAUAAUCAUCGUCGUCACCCUCCUCGCCCUCCACACAACCACUAGGAGGUCUAUGAUUGUUGGCAUUUUAUGCGACAUCUUCGGCAUUCUUAUGUAUGCCUCCCCUCUCUCCACAAUGAGACUUGUCAUACAACAGAAGAAUCCGGAGUCCAUGCCGUUUUGGCUCUGCGUAACUGGCUUUCUGAACGGCGCCAUAUGGUUUUGCUAUGCUUUUCUCAAGAAAUUUGAUCCUUAUCUUGCUUUUGGAAAUGGCGUUGGAGGAGCAUUUGGGGCAUUGCAACUCUCCGUCUAUGCUUAUUACUACUUCAAGAAUUCUCCUUCAAAGGAUGAAGUCAAGCCGGCUGCCCCUGCUAUAGAAUUAGUUUGAUAGUUUCAUCUAUUUUUUUUUUUAGAUUUUAUUUUAGUUUAGAUAUUAAGUUAGUAGUUUAUUUAUAGUUCAGGUAUUAAGUUCUAGGUAUUCAUUAAUUUCUAUGUUUUGGAACGAAUUUUUCUGAUGAAUUUCUUUUAUUAUUAUUCUUUAGUACUAUGACAUUA